AGGCGUCGUUCCAAACGUGCUGUCUGCUGCCCUGAUCAAACACGGGGCUGUGUCGUGACUUGGGUUUAGGGCGGCCUGGGGCUUUUCCAGCUCCCCUGCACGCGCAGUCGGACAGGAAGCGGCCUCGGCCGUGAGGGGCAUGGCGGCGGGCGCGCGGCGGCGGCAGCUCCCGGCGUGGAUGGGGGCGGCGGAGCCCGAGCGGGCGGCGGCGGCCCCGGCCCCCGGGGCCGGGCGGCGGCGGGCGGCGGCGGGGCGCAGGCCGGCGGCGCUGUACUGCAUGAACGAGGCGGAGCUGGUGGAGGUGGCCCUGGCGGUCCUGGCCGAGAAUCUACAGUGCGAGAAAGGUGAAGAGAAGGCCCGGUCCAGGAGCGAAGAGGAGCAGGAGCUCCCGCCAACACCAAAGCAAGUUCCUGGAAGCAAGGCUAACAGGGAUGGAGGCAGCGACCACGGUCCGGCACUUCUAUCCCCUCCUGGUGCUGGUGCUGGGAGGACAGAUGGGGAGGACUCUGAGGACGAUGUCCUGAAAUACGUCAGGGAGAUAUUUUUCAGCUAACAGCACCUCUCUGACUUUCCAAGAGAAGAGGGCACAGUGGAGAGGGUGUCUCCUCCCGCGGCCCUGAGAACGAUGGGAGGAGGGCCUGGAGGGGGCUGUGCAUCCAUCUGCUAUGUUGGUGCCCUGUGUAGCUGGUAGGAUACCCAUGAAGGCCAGAGGGGGAAAGGAAGGAGGUACUCAGUUCUCCCACUCUGUGCUGGGCUCAGUGUGAUUUGGUUCCAGAUUAGGAUGUGUUCGUUUUUGUUUCACAUUUCAGAGCAUGGACAAAUUACAGAGACAUUUGGGUUUCUGUGAGUAUGCCUUUGGUGGGUCAAAGUUGGGUAUGGAGGGGAGCGGGGAGCUGCUGACCUGGAAGACCUUUGCUGGCAGAGCAGCAUGAUCAUGGUUCAGCCUUGGGGGCUCCCUUGUCCUUGUGGUCCCUCUGUCACAGCUGCAGUGGGGCCUGGCAGGCUGUUCCCAUUGGCCCUGGUGCUGAAUUUGCCUCCACCCUCCAGCAGUGCUCCCCGUGCUGAGGAAGAUGCAUGGGAACAGACUGGCAGGGGCCAGGACUGGGGGGGCAGAUCCCAUGGCAGCAUGCCUGGGGGUCUGGGAAGCAAUGAAGAUGGCUCAGUAUCCUCUUCCCAAUCCAAACAGGAGAUGAACAAACCACAUGAGGCCAGGUGUGAGAGCAUGUAUUGAAAUGAAGAAUCGGUCAAAUCAGCGUCACCUGCCUCAUCCCCACCAAGGCUGAAGCAAGAGAGAGAACAGCCCCUCAUGUCCCUUGAAACAAAUUCACUCAGCAGCAAAGGAUAUCACUGUUAAGCAGGCAUUCUUUAUUUACCUAAGUUCUCCCAGCCACUGGAUGAAUUCAUGCAGUUUGUAUUUACAAGGCUGUUGCAUAUUCACUACACAGACAAAUCAAUAACUUAAAAUGCCUAUUUUGAAAAAUGAGUAUAUGAUCAGGAGUUAACUAUUUCAGUCUUUUCUGCCAUCUAGUGUCCUUUAGGGAUUAUUACAACCUCUUUAGGGGUUUUGGUGGUCGUUCAAUUGUCUUCAUCACUUGUCUUUUUAUUGCACUUUCUUAAUUGGUGCAUGCUCAGUCUGUUGUUUUCAAACUACAAAACUGGUUCUUUCUGGUGUUAUUUCUCUAUCGUCCUAGAUGGCUUUCUUCACAUCCUUGAAGACUGGUUGUUGAUUGGCUGCUUAUUUGAUAUAUAUCCUGUCUACUUACAAAGAAACUACAUAUUUGAUUACAUUUUCCUGAAUAUUUGUUAGUUCCUAGUUAAACAUAAUCUACACAUCCUGGUUUUAAGCUCCCUUUAUCUUUGUUAUUUUGUAGGGCUAAAGGUAUUAAAAGCAUUUUGUUAGUUAAUUACA